AUGUUAGACACUGAAGAGGGUGAAGAUGAAUUUCAGGUUCUUCGGACGGGGGAUGAGGUUGUUUUGCAGAGUACUUUCACUUCCCAGGAGGAACAUGUGAAACUCUGUCUUGCCGCUGAGGGAUUUGGCAGCAGACUUUGCAGGCUCGAACCCACCUCUAACUGCAAGAAUGUCCCACCAGACUUAUCUGUAUGUGGCUUUGUCCUGGCCCAGUGUCUCUCUGUCCGAGCCCUGCAGGAGAUGCUUGCCAACAGUAAAAACCUGGCUACAGAGGUGAGAGCCUCCAUAGAUGUAAACCAAUAAAAAAGCACGUAUGAGGUGGGAGCUGGAGGAAGCCAUCGCACGCUUCUGUAUGGCCAGGCUGUGUUGUUCCUACAUUCAUACAGUGGCAUGUAUCUCAGCUGCUUGUCUUCAUCUCAGUCUUCAACUGACAAGCUGGCUUUUGAUGUUGGUCUGCAAAAGGAUAAAGCAGGUGAGGCAUGUUGGUGGACCGUCCACCCGGCAUCCAGACAGAGGUCAGAAGGCGAGAAAGUGCGCGUUGGAGAUGACCUCAUACUGGUCAAUUUGUCCUCAGAGAGAUAUCUGCACCUGUCCUUUGGCACUGUAUUUGACAACAAAAGCUUGAGUGACAGUCUGAUUGUUAAUGCAGCCUUCCAGCAGAGUCUCUGGAGUGUUGCUCCUAUCUGCUCUGGAAGUGGAGUUGCUCAAGGAUUCCUGAAGGGAGGCGACACGUUGCGGCUACUCCACAGCCAUAGUGAUGCAUGUCUGACUAUUCCCUCUACAGAGCAGGGAGAAGAGCUGCAAAGGAUAAUGCAUUAUGAGAUUGGAUCAGUCUCCAGCUAUGCCCGCUCUCUCUGGAGGCUGGAAAUUCUGCGUGUUGUGUGGAGUGGUCGGCAUACAGGCUGGGGGCAAUCUUUCCGACUCUGCCAUGUAACCACUGGGAGGUAUCUAGGUCUUACAGAGGAGAAAGGCCUACAUCUGGUUGAUAGGGACAAAGCUGACAUCAGCACAACGUCCUUCUGCUUCAGAUCAUCGAAGGAGAAGCUUGACACUGGAACAAAGACUAAUGCCGAUGGCAUGGGGACCCCUGAGAUCAAGUAUGGAGACUCCAUUUGUUAUGUUCAGCAUGUGGAUUCUGGGCUAUGGCUCACCUACCAGGCAACUGAUGCCAAAUCUACACGCAUGGGAGGAGCUCAGCGAAAGGCCAUUUUGCACAGUGAAGGUCACAUGGACGAUGGGCUUACACUGUCUCGUUCUCAGAGGGAAGAAUCUCACACUGCCAGACUCAUCAGGACUGCUAUUCUCCUUUUCACUCGCUUCAUCAGGAAACUUGAUGGUUUUAGUCAACAAGGAAACCUCCCCUCUGUCACUUUGCCAAUGGAAGCAGUGAAAUGCAGCCUGCAGGAUCUAAUAAACUAUUUCCAGCCUCCACCUGAGGGGCUAGACCAUGAAGUUAAACAGAACAGCAUGACAGCACUAAAGAAUCAGCAGAACAUGUUUCAAGAGGAGGGUGUGAUAGAUUUGGUCCUAGACUGUAUUGACCGUUUACAACAAUACAGCAGUGCUUCACAGUUUGCUGAAGCUGCUCAGGGUGACACAGGAGAAGAGUGGGAGACUAUUCUCAACCGUUUCUAUGAGCUACUGGCGGCUCUGAUCCGGGGAAACCAUGUAAACUGUGCACAUUUCUCAGGUUCACUUGACUGGCUGAUUAGCAGGCUUGACCGGCUCGAGGCCUCUUCUGGAGUUUUGGAAGUUCUCCACUGUGUCUUAGUGGAAAGUCCUGAAGUACUCAAUGUCAUCAAAGAAGGACACAUUCAGUCUAUCAUCUCUUUUCUGGACAAGCAUGGAUUCAACCACAAGGUGCUGGAGGUGUUGUGCUCUCUGUGUAUGUGCCAUAGUGUCGCCGUGCGGUCCAAUCAAAACCUCAUCUGUGACAAUCUGCUGCCAGAGAGAGACUUGCUGCUCCAAACACGUCUGGUUAAUCAGGUCACCAGCAUGAGGCCAAACAUCUUUCUGGCCAUUGGGGAAGAUUCAGCCCAGCAUCGGAGGUGGUACUAUGAGCUGGUUGUGGAUCAUGUAGACCCCUUCCUUACAUCUGAGCCCACCCACUUGCGAGUCGGCUGGGCUUGCACUGAGGGUUACCAGCCUAAGCCUACAGGAGGUGAAGGCUGGGGGGGCAACGGGUUGGGAGAUGAUCUUUGCUCCUACGGCUUUGAUGGUCUUCACCUUUGGGCAGGCUGUGUGGCUCGUAAAGUGAGCUCUUCCUUCCCUCACCUACUGAAAAAUGACGACAUUGUCAGUUGCUGCCUCGACCUCAGUGCUCCCUGCAUCUCAUUUCGGGUUAAUGGUCUGCCUGUGCAGGGCAUGCUGGAGAACUUCAGUGCUAAUGGACUUCUUUAUCCUGUGGUCAGCUUCUCUGCUGGAAUCAGGGUUCGUUUUCUGCUUGGGGGAGCUCAUGGAGAGUUUCGGUUCCUGCCCCCACCAGGUUUUGCUCCAUGCUCUGAGGCUCUGCUACCUAGAGUCAAGCUGAAGGUAGAGCCAUGUCAUAGAUACAUCUUGGAUCAUAGAGAUGGGAAACAAGAGAUCAUUGGCCCCUUAGUACCCGUCACUCCGGUUACCUUCACUCCCACACCAGUAGAUGUCAGCAAGGUGGUAUUGCCCCCACAAAUUGAGAAUAUUCAAGAAAAAAUGGCUGAGAAUAUCCAUGAAGUUUGGGCAGUGGACAAGAUUGAUCUCGGAUGGACAUAUGGACCAGUGAGAGAUGAGGGGAAGAGACACGAUCCUUGUCUGGUAGAGUUCUCCAAGCUGCCAGAGCAGGACCGGAACCACAACCUUCAGAUUGCUCAGGACAACCUCAAGACUCUUCUUGGCUUAUGUGUCCACAUUGGUUUGACUGAUGACCACGCCGAGGAGAGGGUCAAAUACACAAGACUUUCCUCUAAGUAUGAGCAGUCUAAUGGUUACAGGCCUGCCCCAGUAGACCUAAGCCAAGUUUUUCUGAGCCCAGGCCAUGAAGAAGUGAUUACCUUGUUGGCAGAGAAUGAUCACAAUGUAUGGGCCAGAGAGCGUAUCAAGCAGGGAUGGACCUAUGGAACCCAACAGGAUGUAAAAGCCAAGCGGAGCCCUUACCUUGUGCCUUACAACCUUCUUGAUGAAAAGAGUAGGAGAGUGGGCAGGGAGGGUGUCAGAGACACUGUUUGCACCCUGCUGGCCUACGGUUACAGCCUGGAGCUACUUAACCAGGAACAGACCACAUUAUCAAACCCAUGUCUCUUCUCUGCUGAGAAGAGCAGAGUGUUCAGACCAGAUAAAUCAUAUGCUGUGACCCAGGGGAAGUGGUACUUUGAAUAUGAAGUCGUGACAGCAGGGAAUAUGAGAGUUGGCUGGGCCCGGCCGGGGUGUACCCCAGAUAAAGAACUUGGCUCAGAUGACCAGGCAUAUGUCUUUGAUGGAGUUGAGGCUCAGUGGUACCAUCAGGGCGGUGAGCCCCUGGGGCGUCCGUGGCAAAGAGGCGAUGUGGUGGGUUGUUUGGUGGACAUAGCUGAACGCACCAUGAUGGUCACGCUCAAUGGGGAAGUGCUGUUUAAUGACAGAGGAUCAGAGCUGGCUGCCAAGGACUUUGAUAUCAGAGACGGUAUGCUGCCUGUGGUCAGUGUUGGGGUGAACCAGGUGGGGAGGUUGAACUUGGGGCGCCAAGUGGGCUCUCUGCAGUACUUUACGAUAUGUGGCCUGCAGGAGGGCUAUGAACCUUUUGCUGUCAACAUGAGCAGAGAUCCAGCCCUGUGGAUGAGUUGGAAACAGCCUCAGUUUACCUCCAUACUGCCUGAUGAUCACAAUUUACAGGUUACUAGAGUCAGUGGCUCAACUGAUUCUUUAUCCAGCCUGAGGAUCUCCCAGCGGUUGUUUGCACACCAUGGUGGAGGCAGUGAAAUGGACUUUUACCGUCUCAGCAUGUCCAUUGAAUGUGCUGCCAUCCUCACCAGCCCUGCAGGAGGAAUGUCUUCAGUGGCCUCCAACUCUCUCUCUCCAGUAAGGAAAGAGCAGGAGGAGUUGGACUCUGACUUUGAAGUGCUGAUGAAGUCAGCCCACAGCUUUGCUGGCUCAAGAGAUGAGCUCAACCAUAAGGAUCAUAACCAUGACAAAACAUCAAGAUUGAAACAACGGUUCAUGCUGAAAAGGACUAAACCAGGCCUUGUUAGCAGCAACUCGUCUGCAAGGCUCCUGGAAGAUGUUGUAGUUGAAAAAGAUAACUAUGAUCACCUUAUCCAGAACUCCAGAUAUUACUACUCCGUGAGGGUUCUUCCAGGUCAGGAGCCUUUUAAUGUCUGGGUAGGCUGGAUAACCUCAGAUUUUCAUCUGCAUGACAUGACUUUUGACCCUGACAAUAUCCACACUGUGACUGUCACCCUCGGAGAUGACAGUGGCAAAGUCCAGGAAAGUGUGAAGCGAUGUAACUGUUAUGUAGUGUGUGCCGGAGUGGCCACAGGCCUCUCUCAGAGUCGGAGAAGUGCAGGACUGGAAAUUGGCUGUUUAAUUGACACAGCCACUGGGCUGCUCACCUUUACCUCCAGUGGGGUGGAGAUGUCCACAUUCUACCAAGUGGAGGCCAGUGCAAAGCUGUUUCCUGCUGUUUUUGUCAAGCCCACCACCAGCAACAUGUUUCAGUUUGAACUGGGAAGCGUUAAGAAUGUGAUGCCGCUGUCAGCUGGUUUGCUUCGCAGCCAAAGAAGGAACGAUACUCCUCAGUGCCCUCCAAGGUUUCAGGUCCAGCAUCUGCGCCCGGUUUCGUGGACCCGGGUACCGAGCAAUACAUUAAAUGUGUCUGUAGAUCGGCCAGAUGAGCACCAUGGCUGGAGGGUCCAAUGCUUUGAGCCCGUUCAAGUCAUGAGCCUUCAGAUCCCUGAUGAAAACAGGUGUGUUGACAUUUUGGAGCUGUCGGAACUUGAUGACCUCUUGACCUUUCACCACCACACCCUCCUCCUCUACUCCUCUUUGUGCGCCCUUGGCAACACCAGAGUUUGCCAUGUCAUCUGCAGUCACGUGGAUCAGUCCCAGGUCCUUCAUGCCAUUCAGAAUCCCUAUCUUCCUGGCCCACUCCGCUCUGCAUUUUACCAGCUGCUUAUUCAGGUUUAUCUCAGCAGCCAUGCCACUGCUAGUCUAAUGAUGAGCGAUGAAUACAUUGUACCUAUGACAGAGCAGACUAGAAAUGUCACCCUUUAUCCCAGUCAUGGUGGUAAUGGGAGGAAUGGACAACCUCUAGAAGGCUUCCCCAGCUGUAGUCUUAGUGUAUCCCUUAAACCACAGAUGCGUUUCUCCUGUCCUUGUUUUGUCAGGAGUGAUGGGAUGGCAGGUGAUGUUGCAGUUGAAAUAGACAGCCCAGAAAUCCCUCUGGACAUACUGAAGAACCUGACAGUGGAGAUGCUGACUGCGGGAGUAUGGGCUGUGGGUCAGGGUGUGAGGGACCCUGUGGGAGGCAGCACUGAGCUUCUGCUGGUUCCCCUAAUUAGAUUGUUCUACAAUCUACUUGUAAUGGGGGCACUGGGGGAUGAGGAACUGGUUAAAGUUCUGAAACUGGUAGAACCUGGAGUCUUAAAUGCCGAAAUCCCUGAGGAGGAAGAAGAAGAGGCUAGUGAUGAUGAAGAAGAAGAAGGGCAAGGGGGCAGCAAAAAGGAAGAUCACAGUCCUAAACAAGGACUUCUUCAAAUGAAGCUUCCAGAAGCUGUCAAACUUGAGCUGUGCCAUCUGCUGUCCUACCUGUGUGAUUGCCAGAUGCGCCACAGGGUAGAAGCUGUGGUUGCCUUCUCUGACAACUUUGUGGGUCAGCUGCAGGAGAAUCAACGUUUUCGCUACAAUCAGGUCAUGCAAGCACUCAACAUGUCCGCUGCACUCACUGCCCGCAAAACCAAGGAGUUCCGGUCACCUCCACAGGAACAGAUCAACAUGCUGCUUAGCUUCAGAGAGGAUAUGCAGCAGCUGAGCUGUCCGUGUCCGGUAGAAAUUCAACAGCCACUGCAAGACUUUCAUCACCUCCUCAACACACACUGUGGCAUUGAAUUGGACAGUGACUCAGAGGAUGAAGAGGAUGAUGAGAAAUCUGUAAAAGAUCGACUUUUCAAUCUUAUAAGAAGAGUUCUUGGGCUGAAGAUGGCAACUGUAGAGCACCAAGGAAGCAUGUUUCCCAUCCACCACUUUUCACCUCCUUGCUCUUCUGCAGAGUCCCUCAAAAAGCUGAUCUCAAAGACAAUGGUGCGCUGGGCUCAAGAGACUGAGAUGGAGGACCCUGAACUGGUUAGAGCUAUUUUCUCAUUGCUGCACCGCCAGUAUCAAGGCCUUGCUGGCCAAAUGGCAGCUCCCCUCUGCAGAGCCUAUACAAUCAGCCAAGGUUCGGUGGAGGACACCAUGGCUCUUUUGUCCUCCCUGGGCCAAAUACGAUCUCUCCUCAGUGUCCGCAUGGGGAAAGAAGAGGAAAGGCUGAUGAUCAGAAGACUAGGAGACAUUAUGAACAAUAAAGUUUUCUACCAGCACCCCAACCUAAUGAGGGCAUUGGGGAUGCAUGAGACAGUGAUGGAGGUGAUGGUCAAUGUUCUUGGGGAAGGGGAAUCAAAGGAGAUUUCCUUUCCGAAGAUGGUGGCCAGUUGCUGUCGAUUCCUGUGUUAUUUUUGCCGCAUCAGCCGUCACAAUCAGGGAGCCCUGUUUGACCACCUCAGCUACCUUCUGGAAAACAGCAGUGUUGGACUUGCUUCACCGUCCAUGCGUGGGGCCACUCCGCUGGAUGUGGCAGCAGCCUCUGUUAUGGAUAAUAAUGAACUGGCCCUAGCACUGAGGGAACCUGACCUAGAGAAGGUGGUGCAGUACCUUGCUGGCUGUGGUCUUCAGAGCUGCCCAAGGCUAGUGGCUAAAGGUUAUCCUGAUAUUGGGUGGAACCCUGUGGAGGGCGAACGUUACCUGGAUUUUCUACGUUUUGCUGUCUUCUGCAAUGGUGAGAGUGUAGAGGAGAAUGCUUACGUGGUGCUGAGGUUGCUGAUUCGUCGGCCUGAGUGUUUUGGUCCUGCCUUACGAGGUGAUGGAGGACAUGGUCUCUUAGCAGCCAUGGAGGAAGCCAUCAGGAUCUCAGAGGACACUUCAAUGGAUGGACCAUGCACCACCUACCAGUCCAACAGAACACUAAAUCUUGUCCAGGACAGUGAUGAUGACCUCAUCCACAUGGGGCACGCCAUCAUGACCUUCUAUUCAGCUCUUAUCGACUUGCUGGGGCGCUGUGCUCCAGAGAUGCAUUUGAUUCAAGGAGGUAAAGGAGAAGCUAUCCGUAUCCGGGCUAUUUUGAGGUCGCUCAUCCCUAUUCAGGAUCUUGAGGGAGUCAUCAGCAUCGCUUUUCAAAUCCCUUCAGUGUCAAAAGAUGGUGUGGUGGUUGAGCCUGACCUGUCUACAGUGUUGUGCCCAGACCACAAGGCAGCUAUGGUUCUCUUCCUGGACCGGGUGUAUGGCAUAGAGAACCAGAGUUUUCUUCUCCACCUUCUAGAUGUCGGCUUUCUACCCGACCUUCAGGCAGCCGUCUCUCUUGACACUGCUGGCUUAGGAUCAACUGACAUGGCCUUGGCUCUCAACAGAUACUUGUGUACAGCUGUGCUCCCCCUGCUCACCAAAUGUUCAGCUCUAUUCUCUGGUUUAGAGGACCAUGCCUCGACGCUGGAUUCUCUCAUCCAGGCAAUCUACUGCCUCUCCAAAUCUCUAAGCUUGACCAAGGCUCAGAGAGACACUAUUGAAGAUUGUUUGUUGGCUGUGUGCAGUAAACUCCAGCCAUCUAUGAUGCAGCCUCUUCUUCGACGUCUUGUCUUUGAUGUUCCCAAUCUCACAGACCACAGCAAGAUGCCACUAAAGCUCUUAACCAGUCACUACGAGCAGAGGUGGAAGUACUACUCGCUAACUGGAGGACAGGGGGACCAAGGCUUGGCCUCUGACGAGGAGCUCCAAUUGUCUCGAAAGUUGUUUUGGGGGGUGUUUAAAGCCUUGGCAAAAAAGCCCUAUGAGCCACAGUUAUUUAAGCUGUGUGUCCAAUGCCUGGCUGCCGUAGCCAAGGCCCUGCCUCCUGACCACAUUGACCCAGGCUGUAUUUCCCAGAAAGAGAGAAACAUCUCCAUGGACACAGACGGACACUUUGACCCCCAGCCUGUAGACACCUCCAAUGUUUCAGUGCCAGAGAGACUGGAGUUUGUAGUGAACAAAUAUGCAGAGCAUACCCAUGAGAAGUGGUCACUGGACAAGUUUGCCAAUGGCUGGGUUCAUGGAGAGCAGCUAUGUGAGAACACCAAGGUUCACCCUCUCCUCAAACCAUACAGGGCUCUGGCUGAGAAGGACAAGGAGGCAUACCGCUGGGCCAUUAAAGAGACAAUAAAGAGUAUGUUGGCCUUUGGAUGGACCAUAGAGAGGACUAAAGAAAGAGAUUCAUUUGGGUUACAUGCCUGCACUCGCAGAAUCUCACAGUCUGGACAGUUGUCUUUUGAGGGAGCAUCAACCUUCAGCCCCAAACCUAUGGACAUGAGCAACAUCACCUUAACAUGGGACCAGAGUGGUAUGGCUGAACAUUUGGCUGAAAACUACCAUAAUGCCUGGGCUAAAAGAAAGAAAUUAGAACUGGAGAGUAAAGGAGGAGGUGGCCAUUCAAUGCUUGUGCCCUAUGAUACUCUUACUGCCAAGGAGAAGACUAAAUUGAGAGAGAGAGCCCAGGAUGUCCUUAAAUUCCUCCAGAUCAAUGGCUACACUGUGUGGAGGGAUCGGAAGACAGUGGAGAUUGACUUUCCAGCCAUAGCCAACUGCUUUGGCUACACUCUCCUUCAGCGGCUGCUGUCUUACACCGAGGAGGCCCAAGAACACAUACUGGAGCUGGAGGUGAAACAAGCCAGAGGACAGAUGUCUAAAGUAGAGAGAGCUCCAGACCAUUUUUUCCCCAAGGUUGUCCUUCCUCUCUUGGAACAAUAUGUGAAAAGCCACCGUCUGUAUUUCCUGUCCAUUUCUCUCUGCUCGAAUAUUGACAGAAGCCAUGCCUCAAAAAAGGAAAAGGAGAUGAUUUCAAGCCUCUUUUGUAAGCUUACAGCUCUAGUAAGACACAGGAUAUCUCUCUUUGGAAACGAAGCAUCAUCAGUCGCAAGCUGCCUCCAUGCUCUGGCGCAGGCUCUGGAUGCCAGGACAUUGAUGAAAUCAGCUCCAGAGUCGAUUCAGGCAGCUCUGCAUUCAUUCUUUGAGAGAGCUGCAGCUGACCUGGAGAUGACAAUGGAAAACCUUUCUGUGACCUUGGUCUCUUUGCCCCAGAGUAGAGGUCAACAGGCGAGAGGACUGGGAAAGGUUCUCAGUUACACAACCUCCAUCCUUCUUCCCACCCUCACCUCCCUCUUCCAGCAUCUUGGUAAUCAAAACUAUGGAGUGGACCUUUUGGUGGGCAGUAUUCAGGUGUCCUGUUACAGGAUCCUCAACAACCUCUACUCUCUUGGCACCACCGGCAGCAUCUACAUAGAGGGGCAGAGGCGGGCAGCAGGUGCUUGUCUAGCAGCCCUGACUAGAGCUUUUCCUGUGUGCUUCCUGGAGCCAGCUCUCAACCAAAACAACCCCUACUCUAUCUAUAACACCAUGAGUGCUAACGACAAAGAAGACCUGGAGCUGCAGGAUCAGGUGGAAGACAUGUGUCCUCUUCUGCCUUCUCUGGAACAAGCUUUGGGAGAAGUGGAGGAGUUGGCGGGUGCUGGAGCUGGAGCUUUCCAGGCUCACUACAUCCAUGUCAUGGAGGUCACCUUGCCCAUGCUGUGCAGCUACAUUUCCCAUUGGUGGAACUGGGGCCCCGAGGGCCAGCCACACAACCCAAUUUGCACCUCUGUCAUUCCUCAGCAUGGUAGUGACCUACUUGGCUACAUCCUUCGAAUCAUCCACAACCAUGUGGGUGCUAGUCAUUGUGAAUGGAUGAAACAGCUGGCAGUUUUUUCUCAGCCAAUCAUAUGUAAAGCUCGCCUGGAGCUGUUAAAGAGCCACUUCCUACCACUGAUGGAGAAGCUGAGGAAGAGGGCAGAAUGUGUGUUGCUAGAGGAGGAGCAGAUGAAAGCCGAAAGGUGUGAUGCCUCUGAAGCAGAGUUGCAAAUACAGGAGAAGUUCACAGUGCUGGUGCGAGACCUCUAUGCCUUCUAUCCCCUCCUUAUCCCAUUUGUGGACUGUAAUCGAGCCAGCUGGCAGAAACAGUCAAACCCUGAGGCUGAGCAGCUGUUCAGCAUGGUGGCAGAGGUCUUUAUAUUCUGGGCCAAAUCUCAUAAUUUCAAAUGGGAGGAACAGAACUAUGUGGUCCAAAAUGAAAUCAACAACUUGGCUUUCUUGGUCAACAAUGACAAAAUGUCCAAGGUCAGCCAGUUAGACCAUGAGAAGAGGAGGAUGAAGAGAAAAGGAGAUCGUUAUUCCACACACACCUCUCUCAUUGUUGCCUCCAUGAAGAGAGUGCUCCCUGUGGGACUCAGGGUUUGUUUUCCAAGUGACCAGAGCCUUAUCAUGUUGGCUAAGAAUAACUUCACUCAGACGUCAAAGUGCUUGCCGCAUGAGACCCUUUAUUCAGAACAACCAAACCAGCAGGGGCCCACCGUUGAUGCCCAAAGGACUGUAGACAGGAUACUGGGAAUUGCUCGAGUCCUAUAUUACUUGGACCAGGUGGAAAAUCCACAGAGAAAUAGAAAACCUGUGUGGCACAAGGUUCUAUCCAAGCAGAGAAAACGAGCAGUGGUGGCCUGUCUAAGGAUGGCUCCCCUCUACAACUUACCCAGACACAGAGCAGUCAACCUGUUCCUCCAAGGCUACAAUAAAACCUGGAUAUCAGCUGAGGACCACAGUUUUGAGGAGAAGAUUGUGGAGGAUUUAGCUCUGUGUGGAGGCGACAAAGAGGAAGAAAGGGAUGUGAAAGAAGGUGCCAAACCAAUCGAUCCCCUCCUACAACUCAUUACACUCUUCAGUCGAAGCGCCCUGACAGAAAGGAGGGAGCUUGGAAAUGACCACCUCUAUAACUCCUACGCUGCUAUUAUGGCCAAGAGUUGCCACACAGAGGAUAAUGACGAUGAAGAACAGGAGGUGGAAAGCUUUGAAGAGAAGGAGAUUGAGAAACAGAAGUUGCUGUACCAGCAGGCCAGGCUGCAUCAUCGUGGAGCUUCUGAGAUGGUCCUGCAAACCAUCAGUGCAAGCAAAGGUGCCAUGGGCUCCAUGAUUGCCCCUACACUGAAGCUAGGUAUUGCCGUUCUCAAUGGAGGGAAUGCCACUGUUCAACAGAAAAUGCUGGAUUAUCUGAGAGAUAAGCGAGAUGUUGGCUUCUUUCAGAGCAUGGCUGGACUCAUGCAGUCAUGUAGUGUUCUGGAUCUGAAUGCAUUUGAGAGGCAGAACAAAGCAGAAGGAUUAGGCAUGGCCAUGGACGAGAGCUCAGGAGAGAAGGUGAUGCCUGACAAAGACCUAACCUGUGACCUAUUUCGUCUUCUACAGCUGCUCUGUGAAGGACACAACUCAGAUUUCCAGAAUUACUUGAGAACACAGACAGGCAACAACACGACUGUCAACAUCAUUAUAUCAACUGUGGAUUAUUUACUGAGAGUACAGGAGUCAAUCAGUGAUUUCUACUGGUACUACUCGGGGAAGGAUGUGAUUGAUGAACACGGCCAACACAACUUCUCCAAGGCCAUCGAAGUGGCCAAGCAGGUCUUCAACACGCUCACUGAGUACAUCCAGGGCCCGUGUACUGGCAACCAACAGAGUCUAGCUCACAGUCGGCUGUGGGAUGCUAUGGUGGGUUUUCUUCAUGUCUUUGCCCACAUGCAGAUGAAGCUCUCUCAGGAUUCAAGGCAAAUUGAGCUCCUGAAAGAGCUCAUGGAUUUACAAAAGGACAUGGUUGUAUUUUUGCUUUCCAUGUUGGAGGGCAAUGUCGUCAAUGGAACAACCGGAAAGCAGAUGGUGGAUAUGUUGGUGGAAUCAUCAGGCAAUGUGGAGAUGAUCCUAAGGUUUUUUGAUAUGUUCCUCAAACUUAAAGACCUCACCUCCUCAGAUGCCUUCAAAGAGUAUGACCCUGAUUGUAAGGGAUACAUCUCCAGAAAGGACUUUCAGAAAGCCAUGGAAAACUGCAAGCGUUUCUCCCAAGUUGAGACUCAAUUCCUCCUGUCCUGCAUGGAGACUGAUGAUAACGAAAUCCUGGAUUAUGAGGCCUUCGUGGAUCGCUUCCAUGAGCCGGCCAAAGACAUCGGUUUCAGCAUCGCUGUUCUCCUUACCAAUUUGUCUGAACACAUGCCCAACGAUUCAAGACUAAGGACAUUCUUGGAACUGGCAAAGUGUAUCUUGACUUACUUCCAGCCCAAUCUGGGAUGUAUUGAGAUACUUGGCAGUGGGAAGCGGAUUGAACGUGUCUAUUUUGAGAUCAGUGAAUCUAGCCGCACACAAUGGGAGAAGCCUCAGGUCAAAGAGUCUAAGAGACAGUUCAUUUUUGAUGUGGUGAAUGAAGGUGGAGAGAAAGAAAAAAUGGAGAUGUUUGUCAAUUUCUGUGAGGACACAAUCUUUGAGAUGCAGCUGGCCGCCCAGAUAUCUGGCUCUGACUCUGGUGAGCGAUAUGCUGGGAAAGGAGCAGAGGAAAAUAGUGAAGAGGAAAACCUGGACAAACAAGGAAUGUUUUUCAUGUUUCAUUGGGGGUUACUGCUGACAUCUCUACUUUCUGUCAAAAACUUGAAGAUACUGAUGAAGAUGACUCUGAAGGAUAUCCUUAUGUCAGCGGUUUUCUUCCUCAGAUUCAUUUUAAUGGUUGUGGUACGGUGCAUUUGUGUUGUUGUUCGCAGCAUCAUAUACGUACUGUACAUAGCUUUUAUCAGUGGUGGGCUUAUAGAGGGAGCCAAAAGGAUGAGAAUAUCAGACUUGCUUGGUGGUAUCCUUGAACCAACACUUGAUGAGGUCAUGGAGGUGCCAAGUGUUGUGCAUCAGCUGAGGAAGUACUCAGCCAGUUUCUCUUCAAAGAGAGAAUUGAGGGAGAUCGGGCAGGUUGCAGCUGCGACCUCUUCCAGAGAGGUGAAUGUACUGACAGACAUAUUCGGCCUCAAAGUGAAGAAGGAAGGAGGUCACUUCAGACUUAUAACAGAAGAUCUCAGUGCCAGCCUAACUGACCUGUUCAACACAUCCUCCAAAACAAUUACUGCCACUUUUUCUGACAAACAUCAGGGGACGCAGUCCAGGGCCCACAUCAGCACAGAAGAAAAAGCAGAUGAAAAGAUGCCUGAAUUAGAUAAUUCGAAAGAGAAUGGAUCUGAGAUUAAUAUUGAUAAGGAGGAAGUAAAGCCAGAACAGAGAUCCAGGAGAUGCUUUACUAAGUCAGAGGAACCAGGGAGCCAACAUUCUGCCCUCUGGGAAAUGAUAAGCACUCAUAACAAGAGCCUGUUGAACUACUUUGCAAGGAUUUUCUAUAAUAUGCGCUUGCUGGCUCUAUUUGUCACCUUUGCAAUCAACUUCAUCCUUCUCUUUUUCAAGGUGAGUGUGGCUUCAUUGCCCGUAUCAAAAGAGGAGGAAGGAGUUCUCACAUCUGUUUACAGUGAGGAACUAUACUAUGCUACUGAAAACGACAACGAGGGCAGAGUUCAUUUUGUGCUGGAGGAGAGCAGUGGAUACAUGAAGCCAUCUCUUCAUUUCCUGGCUGUCGCACACACACUUAUCUCCUUCUGCUGUAUCAUCGGUUACUACUGCCUCAAGGUACCACUGUUGAUCUUCAAACGUGAGAAGGAAGUAGCCCGAAGGCUGGAAUUUGACGGGCUGUAUGUGACUGAGCAGCCCCCUGAGGAGGACAUCAAAGGCCAAUGGGAUCGACUGGUCAUUAACACACCAUCAUUUCCAAGUAAUUACUGGGAUAAAUUUGUGAAGCGGAAGGUGAUGGACAAGUAUGGGGAGUUUUAUGGCUGUGAGAAGAUCAGUGAACUCCUGGGUCUUGACCAGGCUGCUUUAGACUUCAGCUCUGACAGAAAAGAGAGGCUCAAGAGAGAAACUGCGUGGAGUGCUUUAUUUAACUCCAUUGACAUGAAGUACCAGGUCUGGAAAUUAGGAGUUGUAUUCACUGAUAAUUUCUUCUUGUACUUGGCCUGGUACAUGGCCAUGUCAGUUCUCGGUCAUUACAACAACUUCUUCUUUGCUGCUCACCUUUUGGAUAUCGCCAUGGGCUUUAAGACACUUCGCACCAUCCUUUCUUCUGUAACACACAAUGGAAAGCAGUUGGUCCUGACUGUGGGCUUGUUGGCGGUUGUGGUAUAUCUCUACACUGUUGUGGCCUUCAACUUCUUCCGGAAGUUUUACAACAAGAGUGACGACAAUGACACCCAAGACAUGAAGUGCAACGACAUGCUUACUUGCUACAUGUUCCACAUGUAUGUGGGAGUGCGUGCAGGUGGGGGCAUUGGUGACGAGAUCGAAGACCCUGCUGGUGAUGAGUUUGAGGUGGAGCGCAUUGUCUUUGACAUCACGUUUUUCUUCUUUGUCAUCGUCAUCCUCCUGGCUAUCAUCCAGGGCUUGAUAAUUGAUGCCUUUGGGGAGCUUCGUGACCAGCAGGAGCAGGUGAAAGAGGAUAUGGAGACCAAGUGUUUCAUAUGUGGAAUGGGAAGUGAAUACUUUGAUAAGGUUCCUCAUGGCUUUGAGACUCACACUCUACAGGAGCACAACCUGGCCAACUAUCUAUUUUUUCUGAUGUACCUCAUUAGCAAGGAUGAAACUGAACACACGGGGCAGGAAUCCUAUGUGUGGAAAAUGUACCAGGAGCGUUGCUGGGAAUUCUUUCCUGUGGGAGACUGUUUCCGUAAGCAGUAUGAAGAUCAACUGGGAUGA